CAUCUUUGUUUUAUCGAAAAUUGGCAAUUUCGUGACGUUUGGAAACAUUUCGUCCGUUAACGAGGCAGCACUGCUAUGAAGUUAUCUACCACGCACAAAACACAAAACACUCACUGACUCACAGCUGUUGUGUGUAGUUUAGGUGGCCCUUGUCUGUGGUUAUGUUUGUUUCGAGUUUUGAGAGGGGAUGAAAAAUAAAAAUUAAAUAAAUAACACAGAAUUGUUUCAAGACAACACGAGUAAAUUAUAAUAGUAUAACCGUCUUCUACUAUUCUCGUAUUUUAUUGUGAAUUGUUCUAAAAAGUAAAAAUUAAAUUUCAAAUUCAAAAUGUCUGCCAGUCAUGUGGAUGAUGAGUACGACGAGUACAACUACGAUCAAGAUAAAUUGGUCAACGGCGGACACAGUGGUAAUACAAACAUUAGUGCAAUUCGUUAUGUAUACAAACCUUAUUAACGUGGGUUAUUUUUUUGUCUAACACUAGGUAAAAAUAGAAGCAAGAAAGAAGCCAGCGAACAUACCAAUCAUUUUGAUCCGAGUGGACACUCCAGGAAGUUGUCAACCAAAUUGCAAAACACUGAAACUAACAAAAAGGAAGAAAACUUGAAACCUCAUCCAGUAACCAAGAAAUAAUUGGUCCAGAAUGCUUCCCGUUGCUUUACUAUGGUUUAACAUUUUUUUUUUUUUUCCGUCUAAACUUUAUGAUAAUAUAUUAAAAUGUUUAUUCCUCUGUGGCCAUCAUAAGGUUUUAUAAAUAAUAUAAAAGACUAAUGUACAGAAAUUUCUAGUCUUACGUUUAAAACGUAGACUACUAGUUUUGUCUUUUUUUUUUUCUUUAAGAUAAUUUAAUAUUAUCUAUAUAUAGUGGUUAUAUUUUUCAAAAAUGUAUAACUAUUGUCUACGACUUAAGUGCAUUUGAAUACAUGUAAGUUGAUUGU